UGCGGGCAUUGCAUCCAUCCAUCCCUCCACCAAAAAGCAAUCAAGCAUGGUCCUCGUCAACCUGGAUGCUGCCCCCGUCGUCCCCCGCAAGCCACAGACCCUGGUUCGGAAGGUUCUCACGUCGCUGACGUUUUGGAUCCUUGUCGGCACGGCUGUGGGAAUCCUCCUUGGGUCGCAAGCCCCCGACUUUAGCAAGAAGGCGGCGCCGACGGCCAACGUGUUUCUGCGCCCCGUCCAGUUCAUCGUGUUCCCCCUCGUGUUCUCUACGCUGGUGGUCGGGAUCGCCGGCAACGGCGACUUGAAAGCACUUGGGCGGGUCGCAUUGAAGGCGUUCAUUUACUUUGAAGUGGUCACGACGCUCGCUCUCGUGUUGGGGUUGGUCGCAGUCAACUUAGUGAAACCCGGGGACAACGGGUACAAGACGGUGGCCAACCCGAACGUGACCACGUCCGACAAGUUCACGUACGCAAUUUGGAUCAACCACUUGACCCCCAAGACGUGGGGCGAAAUGAUGGGCGGGUCGGGCUCGUCUGAGCUGCUCCAAGUGCUCGUAGCAUCGGUUGUGUUUGGGUGCGCCACGGCGUUGGCCGACCCCAAGUCCAAGCAAAGGGUGCUCGACAUUGCCGACGCCGUCAUGUGGAUUAUGUUCAAGUUUGUGGACAUUGUGAUCUGGACGGCCCCCGUCGGGGUGUGCUUUAGCAUUGCCAGCGCCGUCGCCAACAACGGCGGGCUGUCUGUGUUGUCGAGCCUCGGGCUCCUCGUCGUCACGUUGUACUUGACGCUGGUCGUGUUUAUCCUUGUUGUGUUUGGCCCUGUAUUUGUGUACAUGAAGCUCAACCCGAUCGAGUUUUUCCGAGGUAUGAAGGAACCGCUCAUCAUUGCGUACACCACAGCCACGUCCGAGGCGGCGCUCCCCAAGGUAUUUGAAGCGCUCGAAGCGUUUGGCGUGUCGCCGCAUAUCACGUCGUUCGUCGUGCCCUUUGGGUACUCGUUCAAUUUGGACGGGUCGACGCUGUACUUGACCCUGGCAUCCAUCUUUUGUGCCCAGGCGGCCGGAAUCGAAAAGUCUAUUGGCGAGCAAGUCACGAUGGUGCUCAUGCUCAUGAUCUCGUCCAAGGGCGUGGCCGGCGUCCGCUCCGCCAGUAUCAUUGUCAUCGCCGCCACGUUGGACCAAUUUGCCAUCCCUGCGUGGACCGUGGGGCUCCUCCUGGGUGCCGACUGGUUUAUGGACAUGGCGCGGACGUUCACGAACGUACUUGGCAACUGCCUCGCCGCUGUCGUGAUGGCCAAACUCGAAGGCGAGUUCCGCAAACCAGGAUGGGAAACCCUCCUCCACACAACCCACGACGUCCAAGAAGACAAGGUCGGUGGCCUCGAAGAAGAAUUGAUUGCCGACAAGGAGCGUUACUCGCACAACUAAGUGUGGGCGUGUAUCUCCGUGUAGUGUUCGUUUUCAAAACAACUAGUCAUGUGUAUGAAUACCAUGUAGUAAAAGCUGCGUGUGGUCUUGCUGUAUACAAGUACGUUGUGCCUCCAAACGUGAGCGGACUGUGAUCAUUUCAAUGGCAGUAAUAUAUACGUAUGGGCGCA